GUGGAUGCUAAGAGAUGCAGUCAAUGUUUCAAAUAUAAGCUUUUUUUAAUCAAGCAGCCUGAAUCAUUGAAACGUGAAUCCCGUUUGUUAUUUAUAAAUCAAAGGUUUGUGUAAUCCGUCAAGAGUUCGUCGACUUGAGUGGAGAAAAUCAAGCCAUUUUAAAGUAGAAGCCGCCAGAGAUGUCUACUGUUUUAAGAUGGCCGCCGGCGACCAACGCCGCAGACUACGACUCUCCGCGUCUAGUUCUGUAUAGGGCAUAUCAAUGAAUGCUACAUUUAGCAAAUAAUCGUUUACAUGUUUGCGAGUUGGAUUUAGUAAAUAUACUGUUCGGACAUUUUAGUUAGUAAAUCGUCGUUUCAUGUUUUUCUACCUACUUUUAUUAUCCGACCCGCAAUCGUAUAUGUAUUCUUCUUGUAUAUUAUUGACACAAGAGUGUCCCGGUAGCAUCUUUGUUGGAAAUUUAGGCCUUGAGCGGCUAUUACUGUUGUUGUAACAAUAGCCGUAAUACCAUUUUGGAAGUUUUACAAGUUUUUUUUAAAGGAUAGAAUUAAUACCGUGGGAGUCCAGUGGGCUCCGAUGAUUUUUAACUGCUGAGGCGUGUGUUGUAAUAUCGGUGUAAUUGAAAACAGUUUACGGGCGGCGUCAUCGGUCACAAAGGAAGCAGUGGAAUGGAUACUUGGAUGGAGGCAGCAAACGGUAGGGGUGUUUCUGUCAAUAUGGAAGGAGCUAAGAAAGAGAAGUCCAGUUCCAAGCUGUCUGUGGAGAGAGUAUACCAAAAGAAGACUCAACUUGAGCACAUUCUUCUUCGACCUGACACAUACAUUGGCUCAGUGGAGCCCAUUACACAGGUCAUGUGGGUUUUUGAUGAAGAAGUCGGAAUGAACCAGAGGGAAAUUACCUAUGUACCUGGCCUCUACAAAAUAUUUGAUGAGAUUCUCGUCAACGCAGCAGAUAACAAACAGAGGGACAAAAACAUGAAUGCCAUUAAGAUCAACGUUGAUCCUGAGUCCAACACUAUUUCCGUGUGGAACAAUGGUAAAGGAAUACCCGUGGUGGAGCACAAAGAUGAGAAAAUGUAUGUCCCGGCUCUCAUUUUUGGUCACUUGCUCACCUCCAGCAACUAUGACGAUGAAGAGAAAAAGGUCACGGGUGGGAGGAAUGGCUACGGUGCCAAGCUUUGCAAUAUUUUCAGUACCAAAUUCACUGUGGAAACUGCCUGCAAGGAGUACAGACACAGUUUCAAACAGACGUGGCAGUACAACAUGAGCAAGACUUCGGAGCCCAAGAUCAAGUUCUUUGACGGAGAUGAUUUUACCUGUGUGACUUUCCAACCGGACCUGUCCAAGUUUAAGAUGGAAAAAUUGGACAGGGAUACGGUGGCUCUUCUUACGCGGAGAGCGUACGACGUGGCCGGCUCCUGCAAAGGCGUCAAAGUCACGCUGAACGGGAAAAAGUUACCGGUGAACGGCUUCCGCAGCUACGUGGAUCUGUAUGUGAAAGACAAACUGGACGAGACAGGCGUGGUCCUCAAGGUGCUCCACGAGACGGUAAAUGAGCGGUGGGAGGUAUGCCUCACAAUGAGCGAGAAAGGAUUUCAACAAAUCAGCUUUGUCAACAGCAUCGCAACCACCAAGGGCGGAAGGCACGUUGACUAUGUGGUGGAUCAAAUUGUGUCCAAACUUAUUGAAGUGGUGAAGAAAAAGAACAAGGCGGGAGUGUCCGUCAAACCUUUCCAGGUGAAGAACCACGUUUGGGUUUUUGUCAACGCGCUGAUCGAAAAUCCCAGCUUUGAUUCCCAGACGAAAGAAAACAUGACCCUCCAGACAAAAAGUUUUGGUUCCAAAUGCCUUCUGUCUGAAAAGUUCAUCAAGGCUGCGACCAAUUGCGGGAUCGUUGAGAGUAUACUCAACUGGGUGAAGUUUAAAGCGCAGACGCAGCUCAAUAAAAAGUGUUCCACCGUGAAGCACAGCAAGAUUAAAGGCAUUCCCAAGCUAGACGACGCCAACGACGCCGGCGGCAAACACUCUUCGGAAUGCACUCUCAUCCUCACCGAGGGAGAUUCGGCCAAAUCUCUGGCCGUGUCCGGGCUCGGAGUCAUCGGGCGCGAUCGCUACGGCGUGUUUCCGCUGAGAGGAAAGAUCCUAAAUGUUCGAGAAGCCACCCACAAGCAGAUUAUGGAAAACGCUGAAAUCAAUAACAUCAUCAAAAUCGUCGGACUCCAAUACAAGAAGAGUUAUGACGACGCGGAGUCCCUGAGGAGUCUGCGCUAUGGCAAGAUCAUGAUCAUGACAGAUCAGGAUCAAGAUGGGUCCCACAUAAAAGGUCUGCUCAUCAACUUCUUUCAUCACAAUUGGCCAUCCUUGUUGAAACACACAUUCCUAGAGGAAUUCAUCACGCCCAUCGUCAAAGUGACCAAGAACAAGCAAGAGCUGGCCUUUUACAGCAUUCCGGAGUUUGACGAGUGGAAGAAACGGACAGAAAACUAUAAAAGCUGGCAUGUAAAGUACUACAAAGGUUUGGGCACAAGUACAAGUAAAGAGGCGAAAGAAUAUUUUGCCGAAAUGGAGAAGCAUCGCAUUACAUUCCGAUACAACGGUGCCGAGGACGACGCCGCCAUCACUCUGGCCUUCAGUAAGAAGAAAACGGACGACAGGAAGGAAUGGCUGACCAACUUCAUGGAGGACAGACGGCAAAGACGAAUUCACGGUCUCCCGGAGCAAUACCUGUAUGGAACACAAGCCAGACAUCUGUCCUACAAUGACUUUAUCAACAAGGAACUGAUUCUCUUCUCCAACUCUGACAACGAGAGAUCCAUUCCAUCGUUGGUCGACGGCUUGAAGCCCGGCCAGCGAAAAGUGCUUUUCACUUGCUUAAAGAGGAACGAUAAGAGGGAGGUGAAAGUGGCACAGCUGGCCGGUUCGGUAGCAGAGAUGUCGGCUUACCAUCACGGGGAGCAAGCGCUCAUGAUGACCAUCGUCAACUUGGCUCAAAACUUUGUGGGCAGUAACAACGUGAACAUCCUGCAGCCGCUGGGUCAGUUUGGCACUCGCAUCAACGGCGGCAAAGACGCCGCCAGCCCUCGUUACAUCUUCACCAUGCUUAGUCCUCUGGCCAAGCUGUUAUUUCCAGCCGUGGACUCCAACCUGCUCAAGUUCCUUUACGACGACAACCAGAAGGUGGAGCCCGAGUGGUACAUUCCCAUCAUUCCGAUGGUGCUGGUCAACGGCGCGGAGGGAAUCGGAACAGGUUGGGCGUGUAAGAUUCCCAACUACGACCCCCGAGAGAUCGUCAAUAACAUCAGCCGGAUGCUAAACCAUCAAGAGCCCCUGGCAAUGCUUCCCAGGUAUAAAAACUUCAAAGGAGUCAUUCACGAACUUGGUCCAAACCAGUACCUGGUCAGCGGAGAGUUGUCCGUCCUUGACAAAAACACCAUCGAGAUCACGGAACUCCCCGUACGAACGUGGACGCAGGCUUAUAAAGAGUCCGUGUUGGAGCCGAUGCUGCAGGGCUCCGACAAAACGCCGUCGCUCAUCAACGAUUAUAAGGAGUAUCACACAGAUUCCACCGUUAAGUUUGUGGUUCGUAUGUCUGAAGAGAAACUGGUCCAGGCUGAGGCAGCCGGCCUCCACAAAGUCUUCAAGCUCCAGUCCAGCCUCACCUGCAACUCCAUGGUGCUCUUCGACCACAUGGGUUGUCUAAAACGAUACGAUUCCGUCCAAGACAUUCUCAGAGAGUUUUUCGAGCUGCGUCUGCACUACUACAAACUUCGAAAGGACUGGUUAAUCGGUAGCCUCGGAGCUGAAGCGGCCAAGCUUUCUAAUCAGGCCCGUUUUGUCCUGGAGAAGAUCGAAGGAAAAAUUUCCAUCGAGAACAAAGCCAAGCGUGAGCUCAUCCGCAUGUUGGUCCAGAAAGGCUACGAGUCUGACCCCGUAGCUGCCUGGAGCAAAGCCCAAGAAAAGGCCCAAGAAGGAGACGAGCAUGACGGAAAUGAAAGCGACAGCUCGUCGCACUCCGGUACUUCGGCGGGCCCAAAUUUUAAUUACAUCCUCAACAUGCCUCUGUGGUGCUUGACUAAAGAGAAGGUGGAGGAGCUCCUGAAACAACGUGACCAAAAGACCGGAGAGCUUCGGAAUCUCCAGGAGAAAUCUUCCGAGGAUCUGUGGAAGGAGGACUUGGCAGUUUUCAUUGAAGAGUUAGACAAAUUUGAGGCACUUGAACGAGAAGAGCAAAAUGUAGGCAAAGUUAUCAAACUCGUCAAGGGUAAAGUGGGUAAACCCAAAGCAAAGAAGAUGAAUCUAGAAGAGACCAUGCCGUCGCCGUUCGGCCGAAGGGUGGAUCCUCCGUCUCAGCCGCUCAAAGUUGACGUCAACAAGAAACUGGCCAAGAAGAAGAAGGCCGACUCAGACCCGGUUGUGAAGUUGGAGGGCGACGACGACGACUUGGGCCGAGAUACGGCGAUCGGCCAAAAUCCCGCCGUCAAAUCCAAGACUCCGCGUGUCAAGAAGGAAAAGAAAGAACCGGGACUUCCUAGAGCGAGAAAGACAGCGGGACCCAAAGGAACUCCUGUAAAGAAGGUGAAAAAACGAAAUCCCUGGUCUGAAGACGACUCCAAUUCAGACAGCGAUCUGGAGGACAAUCAACCUAUCGUCCCCAGAGAGACCAAGUCUACGAGAACCUCGGCAUCCAGGCCAAAAUACACGUUUGACUUCUCAGAGGAGGAAGACGAGGGGGAUAAGGAGGAUAACGAAGAUGACGAAACGGCGGCCGCUUCUCCCGGAGCGGGGAUUAAAGAUUCGCCCGAAAUGAAAGAGGACAACAGUGAGCGCGACGAAGACGACUUGGAUGACGACUUUGACUCGUACUCCGCCCACGACCAAAAAACCACCUCAGGGCCUGCGGCUAAAAAGAACGAGACGUCUUCAAAAUCCUUCUUCUCGGAAAAGAGCAACGACAGCGGGUCCAAGUCUGACAGUGACUACGAUGCCGUCACCUUUUCGAGCAGCUCUGCAUUUGAUGUUUCAUCAAAGGGAAAGAAAGGGUCUAAGAAAGCAUCGGACGCGGUUCCAAGACCUAGGAAGCCGGCCGCGUCCAAAGCAAAGAAAGCCGAUAAAUCCGCCGCGGACUCGGAUUCGGACACGGGAUUCAAGAAAGCUAAAGGCCGUGGAAGAAAGAGAAAGACAUCCGACUCUGAGGAGGAUUUCUAUAGUCCAGUGAAGAAAGCUGCAAAACCGCCAGGCAGGCAGAAGUCUCAGAAUCCUCCGUCGGAGGACGAGAACGACAGCAACAGCGAGGGGACCGCCAACGCUCCUUUCCGGCCGGGACGCGCAAAGAAAGACGUCAAGUAUUUUGCCGAGUCGGACAACGAUGACAUGUUUGACUAAGUCCACAUCGACAACGUUGGCUCCCGUUUGAUGGAAUUCCGCUACGCUCCACAGAUUUUGUACAUCUCUUUCUCUCUCUUUUUUUUUUUUUUUUUUUUUUAAAUGGUAUUGUUUUACAUUUUGGAUGUGUAGUUUUUUUUUUUAUGUGAUUGAAAUGUUCCGUAUUUGUCAAUGGCAGCUUUUAGGAGUAUAGAAAAAAGCUUUUGUUAAAUGUAACUCUGUCCAAGUUAAGAGUAAACAAUGAAACGUGUCCGUCACCUUUGCUCAUUUCGGACGAUUCCAUUGAAAAUUUGAUGACUCGGCCAAAACAGCUGUUACACAGAAAAUAUUCUGCGAGCAAACUUAGUAUGAGUAGAUGCAGGUUCCUUGUCUUGACUGUGUAACCAAAAGCAUUAAGAAUAUUUGAACAACCACAUUUCCAUUAAAGCAUACUGUAUGAAUGAA